CGUCACAGUCUUUUAAGAAGGUAAACAGACAACAACGAGGGUCUGGUGGAGGAGCCUCCACGGGUCUCCAAUAUUGAUUUAUUAGUAUAUUUCUCCAUUGAAUUUUGGAUAUCCCCAUUGAAACAGCAGGAUGAGUGACACAACUGGACAGAUUGUGUUUGGCAUUAUAUUUGCCAUUGGAGUCAUAAUCAUUGUUAAGCUUACCACUCGACGCCUGCACCAUGAACUCCACGCCAGAGACGUUAUGAAGGGACAUCGGUGGUGUGUAACAGGCAUGUUUCCCAGGCCAAGCUUCUGCAACAUAUGUGAGAAACUGAUCAUGGUUUGUGAUGGGGUAUUCUGUGACUCGUGUGGAGUGUGUGCCAACUCUCCUGAAUGUAUUGAGGCGGCUGACAAGACAUUGCCGUGCAAGGUCAUCACCACCAAGGCCCGUACACACAAGCAUCACUGGAUCAGAGAUAUGUCUACUUUGUCACCAGGAAAUCUACCACUUAAUGCAGUUUGUGAAAUGUGCAAGAGAGAAUGUGGAACAGACCCCAUGCUGUGUGACUGGUGGUGUUGCUGGUGCCACCGGUCUUCCCAUGAUGCCUGUGUCAAAAACAUAACAGAGGUCUGUGACUUGGGUAAGCUCAGAGAGUACAUCGUUCCACCCAACUGCAUUCGCUUGAAAUUGUCGAGGAUGAGGAAAAAUCUCCUUUUUAAGGAAGUGUUGAAACCAGAGAGCACCAAUUGGAGUCCAGUCAUUGUUAUAGGUAAUCGAAAAUCUGGCAGCAGUGAGGCAGAUAGUGUCUUGUCAUCAUUUAGAAAUGUCUUGAAUCCUGCUCAAGUAAGAGAUCUGGCGGAUUAUCCUGCAGAGGAAGCUCUGGAAUGGUGUCGUCUGCUGCCUGCUGAUGUUACAUGUAGAGUUGUUGUAGCAGGUGGAGAUGGUACUGUGGCAUGGAUUUUCAAUGCCAUUCACAAUAUGAAGUUAAAGAAAGAUCCUUUGGUUGCCAUUUUGCCACUUGGAACAGGCAAUGAUCUCUCCCGUGUUCUUGGCUAUGGUGAAGGUCACUCCAGAUAUGUGGAUGUAGUUCAGUAUCUACAGGAACUUGCCUCAGCAGUACCAACAAAAUUGGAUAGAUGGAAGGUUCAUUUUGUUCCAAACAGGAAGCUUGGAAUACGCAUGCCAGCUCGGGAAUAUUUUAUGAACAACUAUCUCAGUGUUGGUGUGGAUGCCCUCGUUACACUCAACUUUGAUUGGGCACGCCAGUCACCAUUUUAUAUAUUUAGCAACCGAUUGAUAAAUAAGAUGAUAUACUUCACAUUUGGUACUAAGGAUGUCUUUGAGCAUGAGUGUAAGGACCUAGACCAGAAGCUUGAACUGUAUAUGGAUGACCAAAAAGUGGAGCUGCCUAAUUUGGAAGCUGUGGUUGUUCUCAACAUAGCAAGUUGGGGUGCUGGAGUAAGACCUUGGACCUUGGGCACUGGAGGAGCUAAUGCUCCAAAGCAAGACUUCCAUGAUGGACUUUUAGAAGUAUUUUGUCUGGUGUCAUCAUUCCACAUUGCCCAGUUGCAGCUUGGACUUAGUGAACCCAUAAGACUUGGCCAGUGCUCUUCUUUAAAGCUUUGCUUGAAAGGAACUGCACCAAUGCAAAUUGACGGUGAGCCAUGGGAGCAGCACCCAGGCACCAUUAUGUUAUCACAUCAUCAUCAGGCAUCUGUUCUUCUCAGAGAGUGAUACUAAAGGAACAUAUAUUGAUAUUGUUGAGGGCUCUUCAGUAUAUUUUGUAACAGUCAUAUAUACUGUACUGGAUACCUCAUUGUAUACUACAGUAUAUUAGCAUAUAAUUUCCUAUUUAUCUUGACAAUAUUUAUUUGUUAAAGAGCAUUUAUUGGUGAUGUUUAAAAUAUUGUAUUAUGUUAUGUGGCUGUCAUAACAUGUACAUCAAACUGUCUUAGACAGGAAAAUAGUAACUCAGGGCCAUUUCUUGAUGACUUGGUCUCUAGUCAUUUAGAAGUCAUAUCUUUAUGUGUACAAGAAUAUACUAAGGUAAUUGUUGAUGACUUGUUUAACAAUAAUUUUCUGUGGAGAAUAUUUAUACACUAUACAAAAUGACUGGUAUUAGAAUGCAUGAUAUCAAUCAUACCUUCAAUUUGUUUGUAGCUGAUGUACCAAAGUGCAUUGAUGAACUCAAGGUAUAUGUAAGUUUUUCUCAAACUGAGUUUUAUAUUUAUUAUUGUCCCAGUUUUGAUAAUGAAUAUAACCCCUUGAAAGAGUGCUGUGAACAGUGACAUAGCUAACCCUAUAGGCUUAGCACUUCCUAUGUCCUCAGUAUUUCUUUCAUGACCAAUUGUUCAAAUUGAAAUAAUGACGAGCACUUGAGCUGGAUGUAACAUAUUUUGUGUGUACAGUAUUGAGUCGGUUAAUAAUCUGUGGAGAAUAGAAUUUUGCCUGAAUGUGUUCAUCUAACUUUAGGAGCUUUUCUGUAAAAUGUUGAAGUGUUCUAAAGUAGCUAUUGCAUAUUUAUUAGUUACAGUUUUUUAAGUUAUAUUUCAUGUUAAUUACUUUUCAUUACUAAAUUGUUGGUGCUUUACUUUUGUAAUAGCAGAACCCAAGUUUGAUCCUGGGUACUGCACUUAUCUAGCUCCUCAGUUAGGUUUUACAUCAUAUAUACUUCCACUAGUAGAUGUGUAUGUAAACUUGCCUCACUUUUAAUAUUUAUAUGUUCAGUUUUUCCUAAAGCUCAUGACCAGUUUUUCUCUUCAACACUGAAGAUCUGUGCAGGAAUUGGGGUCAUCUGUCUGGAAGUGAAGGCUGCAGGUAUUGUGAUAAAAUUGUUGGGUGAGGAUGAACUUUUUAAGAAAAAAUGGUCUCUAUGUGUGAGGUCUGUAGUUGAUGAGUAUUACUGAGCUAGAGUGAUGGAUGUGCACCUUAUGCUGCUGUUAAUUUUUUUUUCCAUGGACCUUUAGAGAUUUUACAAUGGCAUGCUUUUCUUAGGGUGCUAUUCUUUUGUAGACAAUGGAAUAAAUGGAGAAUUAAUCCUGAAGCAGCAUUUUAUGGCUGAGCCUGAAACUAGGUAGUUUUUGUAGUGUUUUAAUUAAGCCAGUGGCCUUGGCCACUGUAUUAC